UACCAGGUGAAGAUGACUCUAACCCAUCCUCAUUACCAGGUGAAGAUGACCCUAACCCAUCCUCAUUACCAGGUGAAGAUGACCCUAACCCAUCCUCAUUACCAGGUGAAAAUGACCCUAACCCAUCCUCAUUACCAGGUGAAGAUGACCCUAACCCAUCCUCAUUACCAGGUGAAGAUGACCCACAAAGCCAGGACACGGUGGGAGGCGGAUUAUCAGCUGAUUGACAACGAAGGCCUCUUCCAGGAGUACCUGGAGAUGGUGUUGCAGUUUGGGUUUAUCACCAUCUUCGUGGCAGCAUUUCCCCUGGCACCACUGUUUGCUCUUCUUAACAAUUGGGUGGAGAUAAGAUUGGAUGCUCAGAAGUUUGUGUGCGAGACGCGGCGAGCGGUGUCGGAGCGGGCCCAGAACAUCAGUAUCUGGUUCACUAUUCUUAUUCUUAUUCUGGUAUAAAUUUACAGUACUAUACAGUACUAACAAGUUAAAGAUUACCGAUACAUUCAAUGUAAAUAUUCUUAAUAAACUAGUAUAUUUGAUAUUUUAAUGAUUGCAACUACUCGAGCCAAACAAAAAAAGAAUGAUCUCUUAAAUAGUCACAUUAGUAUUUUAGGUUUGUGCUAUUUUCAUCAAAUAAGUAUCACAAUGUUUCCCAGUGGAGAUAUGUUUAAAAUAC